AGAUAUUGUUGACGUCGCAGCAGAUAAGAAAACUAUAUUGUCUCGAAAAGAAUGUUUGUAAACUGUAUAAUUAAAACAGAAAUAUAAGGACAGUGGAAUAUGUUUCAAAAUUAUGUUCUGACGAAGUUUUAACAGACAAAAUACAACCAAUUUUGCUAAUUAUUGAAGUGUUUAUUACAUGCUUGGAGAGAAAUUCGUAAUAUAAUAUUACUUUUCUGACAGUGUCUAAUAACAGUGUCAUUCUUAUUUUCUAAGAAUAUGAGCAACAUAAUUGAAUGAAUUCUAUAUCCAGACAACGGAGAAAACCUCUACUCAAGCUGAACAGAAUGUGGCAUAAAGAUGUAUUUGUUGUGAAAUAGCGGUCUGUAAUUGAGCGUGUAACUUUGACGAUGAAAACGGAUUAACUGACAUUAACAAAAGGAUAUUAUUGGCAGGGUCAAUGAGUUGAAACGAGAACCCGACAAAAUGUAUAUUCAUGCCUACGAAGAACCGUUGAUGCAAUACCCCGACUAUGUGGCUCACAAACAAAUACUUCUAGUUGUGCCGCCAAUUCUCUUAAUUAUCGGUACCCUUGGUAAUCUUUUCUCGUUUUUCAUUUUACUGAAAAAUGUAAAGAAAGCAUCAACGUACAGUUAUCUUAGUGUUUUAGCAUUGAUGGAUUUAUUAGUGUUAUAUAUUGGAUUGUUUCGACUUUGGCUUGGACAAUUCAUGAUAGAUGUUGAGGAUUUUAAUAACAUUAUAUGCAAAUUAGUGAAAUUUCUCGGUUAUUUUAGUAGUGAUACAUCUGUAUGGCUAAUUGUGGCAGUUACUAUUGAGAGAACUAUAGUUGUCAUGUUUCCUCUUAAAGCCUCAAGACUAUGCAAUGCAAGAAAUGCUCGUAUAAGUAUUGCAGCUUUAUUGUCUUUUUUCUGUGUUAUAAAUUGUCAUUUUCUAUGGUCAGUUCAACUGCAACAUUUCUCUUAUAAUGACACUAUUAUUGCUACAUGUCAGGCAAAACCGGUGUAUACUCGUUUAAUUGAAGAUAUUUGGCCAUGGGUAGAUGCUGGAAUUUAUUCUUUUGUGCCUUUCUCAAUCAUACUCAUACUGAACAGUUUCAUUAUUAAAAACGUGAUUUCUGCAAAGAAAAAAAGAGAUGUUUUAAGACAGCACUCAUCUCUUUCAUCAAAACAAACACAACACAGACCUGAAGGAGAAAUGAGCAAGAAAAUCACCUUUAUGUUACUGGUUGUUUCAUUUGCCUUUCUGGUUACAACGCUUCCUAUGGUCAUAGUGUUGAUAUAUACAUCAUUUGCAGAGGACACUGAAGGUGAUUAUGCGCUCACUAGACGAAAGCUUAUUAAUACUAUAGCAGAAAUGCUAAUGUACACCAAUCACAGUAUCAAUUUCUUUCUAUAUUGCGCUACAGGGAAGAAAUUUAGAAACCAAUUUAAGGCAUUGAUUUUUUGUUGUAACAAUAACUUCCGUAGACAAUCAAUGAGAAGUUCGACUGACAGUUACCGACUAUGCAAAGUAAAUACAACAGAGGCUCGUUGUACAAAUGUGCAUCUGGACGAUGGAGUACGGUUGUGAGAAAAUGUGGAUCAGCGCUUUGCUGAACUAGUAUAUGCAGUAAUAUUUAGAGAUUUUAGUUUAUAUUUAGGUAGACAUAUGAAAAUAUAUAUCAGAUGGAUAGACAUGUGGAAAAAUGAAACAAAUAUGAUGCAGUUAUAACUUCAUGGAAGUACUGAAGCCCUAAUACCUGAAUGGGAAGAUCCACUUUAAAUAUAUGACCUUGAAGUUUUGACUCGCCGUAAAAUCUGACCCACUCUCGACCUCAAUACACCUCUAUCAAAAUCUGGCUAUAUCUCGUUUGAAAUUUGCAAUUGGGCAACUUAAGGCGGUCCUUUUCAUAUUUUCUGGCGGAGGAGGAUCACUUGACAACAGCAGUAAAGUGACAAUAUAACACGUUCUUCCUUUUAAAAUGAAUAAACAUUUAAACACCAUUUAUUAUUUUGCUUAUAUCUUAUGAAGUAUCAUAUAUACUUCUUGCUAUUAACCAUCAAUUUAAAGCAACAUGUUAUAAACAACAUAGCAAAAUU